CCCUAAUAAAGAGGGAUUCUAUUCUCACUGAUUAAGAUAUUAAUUAUUGUGAAUAAUUAGUUAAUUACUUAAUUAGGUUACUUAAUUGAUUACAAAAAAAUGGGUCAUCACUCUUGCUGCAACCAGCAGAAGGUGAAGAGAGGGCUGUGGUCUCCGGAGGAAGAUGAGAAGCUCAUUAGGUAUAUCACUACUCAUGGCUAUGGGUGUUGGAGUGAAGUCCCUGAGAAAGCAGGGCUCCAAAGAUGCGGAAAGAGUUGCAGGUUGAGAUGGAUUAAUUAUCUGCGACCCGACAUAAGAAGAGGGAGGUUCACUCCCGAGGAAGAGAAGCUGAUCAUUAGCCUUCAUGGAGUUGUGGGGAACAGGUGGGCUCACAUUGCAACCCAUUUGCCUGGAAGAACUGAUAACGAGAUUAAAAACUAUUGGAAUUCAUGGAUCAAGAAAAAGAUACGAAAGCCGCAUCAUCAUCAUCAUCAUGUUCCUCAGUCAUCCAUCGCGGUCACAAACACGAUCUCCACUACCUCCUCUCCUGCUACCGUUGCUGUCACGACCGCGGCCACGACGACAUCGAGUGUAGACUACCUACAUUUCGGCGAUUUCAUGAAAUCUCGCGAUCUUCUAAACCCGGGAAACAAUCAAGAAGUUAUGACCGUAAAAACAUCACAUCAUCAUCAAGAAACCAUAUUCUCUCAUCCUCAACCCCCUCUCUUCACGGUGGACGCAACGCUCCCGAUCCUAGAAGGUAUGUUCUCUAUCACUAACAAUGAAAAGAACUCGGAUCACGAAACACGAGGAGGAAAAGGAGCCGAGGAUCGAGGAGUUACCUCCAACGAUAUAUGGAAUCUCAAUCAACCUCAUCAAGAACAGUUCCAAGUUCCGACAAUAACACCAAACCACUUCAAUGAUCCAUCGUUAUGCAACUCAAGCUACAACAUACCGGCGGCUUUGGUAGAGGGCAAUGUGGAUAAUAUUGUCCCGUCGACCGGUAACAAUAGCAAUGUUCAAGAUGGGGAUUUGACGGUGUUCGAAUGCCUGAAAAGGCAAGAACUGAUGAGCUACGAUGUUCAGUGGAUAGAUCAUUCUUCGCAACAAUGUCCGAACUUUCUAUUUUGGGACAACCUUAACAUCAACGUGGAAGGAUCUUCUUCUCUUCUUGGGGACACGGAUCACUCCGUGCUGUCUUCGUCCUUUCCUUCGUCGUUUUAAGUUAACGUCUAUUUCCAUGAUAGAGAAACACAGUAUAUAUCAUCCAUCUUUCUUUCUAAUUGUUUCCUUUAUUUCAUUUUGGAGUUUGGUUUUGGGUUUUUUUUUUUGGUGAUGAAGAGUGUUGAGAUUUUUUUUCAGGAGGAAAUGUUUGUGAAUAUGUACUUAACUCCUGUUAUUGAUGUAACGGGAUUUUCCUUGUUUUUCUUUUUGGGGUUUGCCGAAAAAAAUAAUAUCGAUGGUGAUGUAAUAAAAGGGAAA